AUGCCUCGAACAGUGCGUACUCCGCCAAAAGAAUCCAGUGCGAGUAACAUCACUCAAGCAUCCUCUGAACCUAACAUACCUGCUGCUGCACCUGAAUCAUCAAAUGUAUGUGUUAGACAGAAACGUCCACGGAUGGAUGGCUCACCUGAACCUGAAUUUCAAUGCCCAAAAACUGAAUUGAUCGAUUGUAUUCGCCAAGAAAUACGGAGUGUCCUGUCAUUGGAAAUAUCAGCCAACAUCAAAAAGAGUAUCACUAUUGAACUAGGUGAUAUCAAGUCACUGUUCAAUGACCUUAAGCAGUCAGUCGACUUCAUGAGUGAAGAGUUCGAUAGAAUGAAAGCCGAACUCGAAACCUGUAGAAACGGCAAUAAAAUUCUUCACAAGGAGAACGAUUCUCUCAGACAUACUAUCUCUGAAUUGUCAUCAAGAGUGAACUUGAUUGAACAGCACGCACGCCAACAGAACUUAGAAAUCAAUGGCAUACCAGAAAGCAAAGCAGAAAAUCUUGUUAAAACUGUUCAGCAAAUUGGCAAUGUCAUCUCUUGUUCCAUCAAAGACGAUGACAUCCUGUCGGUAGUACGGGUAAGGAAACUGGAUCCAGAAAGCAGUAACCCUAGAGCUGUAGUCGUCAAGUUGCGCAGCAUGCUCCUGAGGGAUACUAUUCUAACCUCAGUGAUGAACUACAACAAAGCGCACCCCGACAAAAAACUUAACUCGCAACACCUUGGGUACGCCAACUCAAUUAAGCCUGUCUUCGUAUCCGAACACCUGUCACCCCUAAACAAAAAAAUUCAUGCUGCUGCCAGAAAAGUCGCGAAAGAAAAAGGAUACAAAUAUGUAUGGGUUCGAGAUGGCAAGAUCUUGAUACGGAAGGACGACGGACAACAAGCCAAGCAAAUAAAAAGCCUAGAGGCUGUCUCUUUACUAUAA